AUGGAUGAAGAGAUAGAAAAUUCCACAAGUCCAAAAGACAAUUCUGAUUUGAUAGAAAUUAAGAAUUCCCUUAAAUCCUUUCAUUCCUUUCUUCAAAACAAACACCGAUCUGAUAUAGCCCAGAUCGACGACAACGCUUUGUCUGACCCCAAUGAUUAUUUGGAUGAAGGAACAAACUAUUCCGAUCCCUACUCUGUGCUUAACGUCGAUAGCUUUACCCAAGCUUAUGACACUGCUGUGAAAUCACGUACCGGAAGAGAGAGGUUCAAUAUCAGACAAGCUCUUACUGGCAACCGUAAGACAAAAUCGGAGUUUUACGGAAAAAUAAAUAUGGUUUACGGAGAAUUAAUGGAGAAAGCAGAUUCUUUGGGAGAACUAAUCCAAAAAUUAGAAGGUCAAGUAGCUGAGAUUGCAACUGCUAUAAAAAGAGAUGCAGGAUGUCUUCCCGGGAGAACUGAUUUAAACCCGAGACGUCAAGUCAGUGCCGUAAUGUUGCGCAGCGGGAAAAACCUCGCAGCAGAUACGAGGAAUAACACAGAUGUUGGAAAACCUGACAACACUGACAAAACCGGCACAAGCAACUCUCAUCCUAUUCUUCUUAACGAUCUUGACCCAAAUCUAUCUCAAGAGAACCGGAAAACCACCGCUGAAAAGGCUAAGGAAAAGGCAAUAGACUUAGAAUUAGAAGAAGAUACGGAGAUUGCGGACGAAAUCGAUCGACAGUACGGAACUGACAAAUCACUAGAGAACGCGAUCUGCAAGAAGGCCUUAGAUAGGAUUUCUGUUGAGAUGUCCCUUAGUGAUGCUAUAAAGAUAGCACCUUCGAUUAAGAAGUAUAUAAAGGACAUGACAUCUCCAAACUACUCAAUUGCAGAACAUAGCGUGAUGAUGAUUUCAGAAGAAGUAAGUGCUAUGAUUAGAGGAGAAACUCCAACAAAGACACCAGAUCCUGGUAGUUUUGUCCUAGAUUGUAAAAUAGAAAACACGCGUUUUCCUAGAUCAUUAUGUGACCUUGGCUCUAGUGUGAACCUUAUGCCUUACUCUGUUGCAGUAACUUUAGGAUAUAAAAAGUUUAUGCCAACUCCGAUCACCCUGGUUUUAGCUGAUAGAUCUAUCAGGGUACCCGAAGAAAUUCUCGAAGAUGUUCCCAUAAAGAUUAAUGAUUGCAUCGUGCCUACGGAUUUUGUUGUGUUAAAAUAUAGACAAGAACCUAAAGACCCCCUCAUUCUGGGUCGGCCAUUCCUAGCUACAGCUGGAGCAAUCAUUGACGUCAAAGAAGGACGAAUUAAUUUGAACAUAGGGGAUAUCUCGAUGACUUCUGAUAUGGAAAACUGA